GACACGACGUCACGGAGAGGGGGGAGAAACGCUCUUUUUUUUUUUUUUUUCUCUUCUCAUUCCAGGGAGUGAGAGAGUGCAUUCGAAAGCAGGAGAGAGCGAAGGAGAAAGAGGCAGAGGCAGAGCGAUCUCUCUUCAGUGAACAAGCCUUCUUACCAGCUGCCCAUGGUCCCCCCCCUACACCUUCCCUGGACUUUCGUCACCAACUUCUUUUUGAAAACAUUUAAGGAUUAUUGGGAAAUGUGCAGAAAAAAACCUGCAGCCAUCACUGUGUGUGAGUACACAGAGACAGAACAUGGAGCUACUUAAGCAAAGAAAUGCGCUAAUGACCGCAGUGUAAGUAAUUUCAGCUGGACACGGCACUGAAAUCAAGCGGACAAAGCUUACUGAGGGGAAAGGCAGACGGACAACGUUAACAUGUGUGAGCAGUCCUCUAUGGAGACACGGGCAUUUAGUGGUAGCAUCAAGUGGAGGUAUCCAAGGACAAGCAUCUGUGGAUAAAGCGAAAGGGAGCGUUUUCUAUUGGAGCUGAACUGGAUUGAUACUCUUUGCCUAAUGCUCUGAGGCCCUGCCGAGCCAUUACACUACUCCUCGGAUGCUCCUCUGUGGAUUUAUUAGGGGCCAUUUUGGCAUUCAUCACUUGUUUUCUCACAAAUGAAAAAAGAGAAGGCUUUGCUUCUCUUGGGAAUAUAAGAAUUUAAGUGAAACAAAAUCUAUUUUGUCAUUGAAAAAAUUGGACGUGUAAAACCCUUGAGGUAGGUGUCAAGCCUUUCCAACCCUUUUUAUACAUACAAUAUAUAAACCCUAUUUUAUUUGAUUAAUUACUCCUUGGCUUUUCACUCCCCUAUUUUCUCUAGUACUUGUCACUGAAACGUUUAGCCUCCGGUUCAGUAAAUGGAAAAACAAUCUAGAGUGUUGUUUAACCCAGGGUAGGGCUUCAUUAGUCAGAAGUAAACCCCUCCCCUUCCCCCGCUUACUACUCCCCUCUCCCCAACCACCAUCAUCACCUCCCCCCCCCCCCAGAUGAUGCUGAAUUAUGAAUGUGCCACAUCAUGAAUCUCCUGGGGCGGGUAGCUGUGCGUCGAGCCAGGAAAGCCGCCCUGCUCUGUGUCCUGUUCCUUAUGGUUCAAGUGUGCGUGGAGGUGGCGGCCGCGGCAGGGCCCCAGGGCUGCCCAACUGAUUGCUCCUGCAAUAACCAGCUGAGCAAGGUGGUGUGCACCAGACGUGGGCUCACUCGUGUGCCAACGGGUAUCCCCACCAACACCCGGCACCUAAACCUGAUGGAAAACUCCAUUGAGUCUGUGCAGGCCGACUCAUUCCGUAACCUUCAUCAUCUGGAGGUGUUGCAGUUGGGCCGCAAUGCCAUUAGACAGAUCGAAGUGGGUGCCUUUAGUGGGCUAACCAAUCUCAAUACACUGGAACUUUUUGAUAACAGGCUGACAGUGGUGCCAAGUGGGGCAUUUGAAUAUCUGUCCAAGCUACGGGAGCUGUGGCUUAGAAAUAACCCUAUUGAAAGUAUCCCAUCUUAUGCAUUCAACCGAGUGCCCUCCCUAAUGCGACUAGAUCUGGGUGAACUGAGGAAACUGGAGUAUAUCUCUGAUGGAGCUUUUGAAGGACUAGCCAACCUAAAGUACCUCAACCUGGGGAUGUGCAACAUUCAAGGGGAUAUGCCCAACCUGAGCCCUCUUGUUGGGCUGGAGGAACUGGAGAUCUCAGAGAACCUCUUUCCUGAGAUGAAACCAGGCUCAUUCAGAGGACUGAAAUCACUCAAAAAGUUAUGGAUCAUGAACUCUCAAAUAGGGCUUAUUGAGCGAAAUGCAUUUGAUGACCUGUCCUCGUUGGUGGAGCUGAACCUGGCCCACAACAACCUUAGCUCACUACCCCAUGACCUCUUUACUUCAUUGAAAUACCUGUUGGAAAUUCAUCUCCACCACAACCCUUGGAACUGCGGCUGUGACUCACUUUGGCUAGCACGCUGGCUACGGGAGUACAUACCCACCAAUUCAUCGUGCUGUGGGCGCUGUCACUCCCCUGCACACAUGAGAGGCCGGCAGUUGGUUGAGCUGGACCGGGGUGACACAGGGGCAAUACAGUGCUCUGCCCCUUUUAUAGCAGAUGCCCCAAGAGACCUGAACAUUUCUGCUGAACGUGUGGCAGAGCUUCGAUGCCGAACAGCAGCAAUGUCUGCCGUGCGAUGGCUCCUACCAAAUGGGACUAUUCUGACUCAUGCAUCAAGUCACCCACGGAUAACAGUGCUAAAUGAUGGGACUUUAAACUUUUCAAACAUGCUAGCAGGUGACACGGGCAUGUAUACCUGCAUGGUGUCCAAUGCAGCUGGAAAUUCCAAUGCAUCUGCCUACCUAAAUGUGAGUGCGGCUGAACUAAACACGUCCAACCUCAGCUACUUUACCACAGUUACAGUGGAGGUGCUGAGUCCCACAUCUGAAAUGCCCAAACCCAAAACCACCACAGCCACACCAGGCACAAGCAUCACUACCACAGCCUCACCAUCAGUCUUUCAGCCAGUUUUUAUCUCAACACCUACAGUCCUUCUCCAGAGCACUGAUACUCCACCAAGCCGUCCAUCUGUUGUACCUGGCUCGAAAAUGACAACAGGAAAUCCGCCCAACCCAGCCAGUACUAGUCUGGAUGAGGUGAUGAAGACAACAAAGAUAAUCAUUGGUUGUUUUGUGGCAGUCACCCUGCUAGCAGCAAUCAUGUUAAUAGUAUUUUAUAAACUGCGAAAACGGCAUCAGCAGAGGAGCACGGUGGCUGCAGCCAGAACUGUGGAGAUUAUUCCAGUAGAAGAAGAAAUACCACCACCAGCUUCUGCUGCCAAUAUGGCAGGGGAGGGUACGCUCACCCUACCAGAAAUAAGGGAUCAUAACAGUAUUUACAAACAGGAUUACAACCUCCACAAAUCUGACUACAGCUACAAACCAAAACCAGAAUACAGCACCCAUAAACCCAAGCAAGAUUUUAGCAUCCACAAGCCCAAACCAGACUACAACACAUACAAACCUAAAGCGGAUUAUAUAUACCAACCAACUCUGGAAUACAGCUCUAACAAAAUGACAGACUUUUCACACAAGUCAUUGCCUGAUUACCAUUUACACAAAAAAUCCGAGCAGAGCCCCUACAAACCAGGAUAUAAUACUCACAAACCUGACAACAAAUCUCAUACUCCAAAACCGGACUUCAGCCCAUUCAAACCAGACUACGGUGUUCCAAAAUCCAAAACUGACUACAGUAUGCACAAGCCCCAAACCGAUUACAGCCCCUUCAAGACAGACUGUAGCCUUUUCAGAACAGACUACAGUUCAUUCAAGGCAGAGUACAGCCCUCUCAAAGCAGAAUAUGUCAGCUGCAAAAUGGAUUACAGUCCUCACAAGGUGGACUUCAGCCCACAUAAGCUUGACUACAGUACUAUGAAGCCCAAAUACAAGACUUACAAGCCACCAGGCCAUGGAGCCAAAUGGACAGAAAGCAACAUUGGAAAUUCUCUGCCUCGAACCUUGCCAAGUGCUAUCACAGCUACUCCUGAGGCUCUUGUCAUAAAAACUCACACCAAGGAUAAAGUACAAGAGACUCAGAUCUAGUCUGCCCCCCAACAAACCACAACCUCAGCCAAAUCAACCCUCUAAGCCCUCCCUGCCCCGUACUGAAAACAUGCAAUAGAAUGCACAAAAAGAAAAAAAGACAGGAACUACUUUUUUUUUGUACAGAGUGCAAAUUCUAAAGACUGAUUCUUGUUGUACAUGCUUAUAAAUAUAUCUGGAAAACCUGAAAAUACCAUGGGCUGGUAAUAGAGAAGAAAAUUAUAUUAAAAAAAAUUCAUUGAAACUAUUUUCUAACUUAUAACUCCUAUUUAAAAAGAUGAGUUGUUUUAAGAUGCUGUAUUGAAUUUAAGAAAUGAGGGUAGUCUUGUUUAAAAAGGGCAUUCUGUGUGAUUUCUAAACAAUAUUACAGAGAAUGCAGUGAAAAUACAAAAAACAAAAAAAAAAACAUUUAUACUGAGAAGUCUUUCUUUAAAAACAAGAGAGAAAAAAGGUCAAUGUUGAUCUUUACAGGUUUAUCUUGUGAAAGCACCAUGAAUUUGUACUGUGCCAAAUGUUACAAAUGCAA